AUGGGAAGGGUAAUCCGCGCUCAGCGUAAGGGUGCUGGGUCGGUUUUCAAAUCCCACACCCACCACCGGAAGGGUCCGGCGAGGUUCCGGAGUCUCGACUUCGGCGAACGCAACGGCUACCUGAAGGGAGUGGUAACCGACAUCAUCCACGACCCUGGUCGCGGCGCCCCUCUUGCAAAGGUCACAUUCCGCCAUCCCUUCCGCUACAAAAAGCAGACCGAACUUUUUGUCGCUGCCGAAGGCCUCUACACGGGGCAGUUCCUCUACUGCGGCAAGAAGGCCACCCUCGUCGUCGGCAACGUCUUGCCGCUUCGAUCCAUCCCCGAGGGUGCCGUCAUCUGCAACGUCGAACACCACGUCGGCGAUCGCGGCGUCUUUGCCAGAGCCUCUGGUGAUUACGCCAUUGUCAUCAGCCACAAUCCGGAUAAUGACACCUCUAGGAUCAAGCUUCCUUCUGGAGCGAAGAAGAUUGUGCCAAGUGCGUGUAGGGCAAUGAUUGGCCAAGUUGCAGGUGGAGGGAGAACUGAGAAGCCUCUACUUAAGGCUGGUAACGCGUACCACAAGUUUAGAGUUAAGAGGAACUGCUGGCCUAAGGUGCGUGGUGUGGCUAUGAACCCAGUUGAGCAUCCUCACGGAGGAGGUAACCACCAGCACAUUGGGCAUGCUAGUACGGUCAGGCGUGAUGCUCCUCCUGGCCAGAAGGUGGGUCUCAUUGCUGCCCGGAGGACUGGUCGUCUUAGGGGUCAAGCUGCUGCCACUGCUGCUAAAGCCGACAAGACUACUUAA